AUGGGAUUCUCUAAAUUUUUAACCUUAAACUUUUAAUUUAUAGUUAUGGACAUUAUGCAUAUAAAUUGAUAAAAUAUUAUAAUAAUCAAUCAAAAAAGUAAAGCAUGGCUACCAAACCCUCUAUUGUCGGUCUAACAAACAAGAAUAUAUUUAGAGUUAAUUUUCAAGAACCUUAUCAAGAAGUAACAGUCAGAGAUGAAAGUACACCUAAUAUUAGAAGUCUUGUUUUUAGCCCAAAGGGAAACUACUUGGCAUACCGGACAGAUAAAAAGUUGGAAGUAAUAAAAUGUGCGGACUGGACAGUUACUGCAUGCAUCGAGGGAAACAUCAAGGAUAUGUUCUUCUCACCACUAGAUACAUAUCUGCAAGUUUGGGAAAUGUAUGCCAUGACAAAAGAAAAUCCCCAGGGAAAACCAAAUCUGCAUGUUAUAAAAUCUGCAACUGGGGAAAAUGUUGGAUCAUUUGUACAGAAAAAUCAAUUUGGAUGGGAACCAAAAUGGUCAGCUGAUGAGAAAAUAUUUGCCAUACAAAUGAACAACAGAGUACUGAUCUACGAGGAUGUGAAAUUGGAUAGAUAUACACACACAAUACAAGCUGAAAAGUUGCAUUCUUUUAGCAUGUCUCCGAGUGUGACUCCAGCAUAUUAUUUCUCUAUUUUCACCCUUGGUAAGUCUGGACAGCCGUCGUUUUGGCGCGUGUUUAAGUUCCCCGACUUUGAUGUGAACCAGGCUCUAGUAAGCCGCUCAUCGUUUCAAGCAGACAAGGCGACAUUCUACUGGAACAGACGAGGCACAAAUUUGUUCACCAUGACACAAUCAGACGUAGACAAAACUGGUGGAUCAUACUAUGGAAAACAAUCACUAUCUUAUGGAGAUGUAAAAGGCAAUGCUGGAAAUGUGGCAUUUAGUAAAGAAGGCCCAAUCCACGCCAUCGCGUGGAACCCUGGCAACUGGAACGAGUGGGUGGCCGUGUACGGCAACGCGCCCGCCAAGGCCACGCUCUUCAACGCCAAGUGCGACCCGCUCUUCGAGUUUGGAACCGGCGCCUGGAACGCGAUAUACUUCCCGCCGGAGGGGAAUAUUGUCCUGCUCGGUGGGUUCGGCAACAUAGCUACCGGACACAUAUCUGUGUGGGACAUGCGCGGGUACAAGCAGCUGGGGAAGUGUUCGGCGCCGGACACCACGAGCCUGCAGUGGGACCCGCGGGGGGAGGUGUUUAUUACCGCUACUACUUAUCCACGACUCACUGUUGGGAAUGGCUACAAAAUCUGGCACUACACUGGUGCGCUCAUGCACAAACGCGUGUGCGGCGAAAAAGAAAACUUGCUGUCAAUUAGUUGGCAGCCGGGGACUUACCCGAAGAGCGAGCUGUCAAAAACCGCGCCAAAGGGCAUAGAGGACGCCACGCCGAAGCCGGUGGGCGCGUACAGACCGCCCGGCGCCAGGAAUAAGCCGUCCACUUUCACGUUACACGAGCACGAGAAGCCGCAUAGACCGGGGCAGAGCGGGGAUGUGGCGCCCUCCAAACAAGCUAUCAAGCAGAAGGAGAAACGCGAGGCUCGCAAGGCGCGUAAGGCGGAGGAGCGCGCGGACGAGUCCCCCGCCGCCCCCGCGCCGGCGCCCGCCACCAACAAGCAGCCCUUCGUGUCUACCGGAGACCCGGAGAAGGAUAAGAAGAUUAAGAACCUUAAUAAGAAACUAAGCGACAUUGAGAAGCUUAAGCAGCAGAAGGCAGCUGGCAAGCAGCUGGAGUUGAACCAGCUUGCCAAGAUCGACAGCGAGCCGGCACUGCUGCAGGAGUUAGCGCAGCUUAAGUUAUGAUCACAAUAAAUUACUUCUCAUU